CACCGCUAGCUAGUCGCGUCCAGAAAGUGUACAAUUUUUCACCACCUCGGUUUGUUUUUUCCUGACUGGGCGAAGCACCUCCGAUUUGCGAUCCGAUUUCCGUCUCCGAUCCGUUUUCGGAUGAUAGCUCUGAGUGCGCUGCUAACCAAAUACACGAUCGGUAUUAUGAGCAACCUAAGCAAUGGCAACAACAACAACCAGCAGCAGCAGCAACAACAACAGCAGGGGCAGAACGCACAGCAACAACCGCAGAAUGAAGGCGGUGCGGGGGCGGAGUUUGUGGCGCCACCGCCCGGACUAGGCGCCGCGGUGGGCGUGGCAGCGAUGCAACAGCGACAAAGGCUGCUGCAGCAGCAACAACAACAGCAGCAACAUCAGAAUCCCGCCGCCGAAGGAAGCGGACUGGAACGGGGCAGCUGCCUGCUGCGAUACGCCAGCCAGAAUUCCCUGGACGAGAGCUCGCAGAAGCACGUCCAACGGCCAAAUGGCAAGGAGCGCGGCACAGUGGGCCAGUACAGCAACGAUCAGCACACGGCGCGAUCCUUCGACGCCAUGAACGAGAUGAGAAAACAAAAACAGCUCUGUGAUGUGAUAUUAGUGGCCGACGAUGUGGAGAUCCACGCACACCGCAUGGUGUUGGCCUCCUGCAGUCCGUACUUUUAUGCGAUGUUCAACAGCUUCGAGGAGUCGCGCCAGGCGAGGAUCACCCUGCAGAGCGUCGAUGCCAGGGCCUUGGAGCUGCUCAUCGACUACGUUUACACGGCCACCGUGGAGGUAAACGAGGAUAAUGUACAAGUCCUUCUAACGGCCGCCAAUCUGCUGCAGCUGACGGAUGUGCGAGAUGCCUGCUGCGACUUCCUGCAAACCCAGUUAGAUGCCAGUAAUUGCCUGGGCAUCCGGGAGUUCGCCGAUCUUCAUGCCUGCGUGGAGCUUCUCAAUUACGCAGAAACCUACAUCGAGCAGCAUUUUAACGAGGUGAUCCAGUUCGAUGAGUUUCUGAACCUCUCGCACGAGCAGGUCAUCAGCCUGAUAGGCAACGACCGGAUUUCGGUGCCAAACGAGGAGCGCGUCUACGAGUGCGUGAUCGCUUGGCUGCGCUACGAUGUCCCGAUGCGAGAGCAGUUCACCUCGGUGCUGAUGGAGCAUGUGCGCCUGCCGUUCCUGUCCAAGGAGUACAUCACCCAGCGCGUGGACAAGGAGCUCCUCCUCGAGGGGAAUAUUGUAUGCAAGAAUCUGAUUAUUGAGGCGUUGACCUACCAUCUGCUGCCCACUGAGACGAAAUCCGCUAGGACGGUGCCCAGGAAGCCUGUAGGAAUGCCCAAGAUUCUACUCGUCAUCGGAGGACAGGCGCCAAAGGCCAUACGCUCCGUGGAGUGGUAUGAUCUGCGAGAGGAGAAGUGGUACCAGGCAGCCGAAAUGCCCAACCGACGAUGCCGCUCGGGCCUGAGUGUCCUGGGUGAUAAGGUGUAUGCCGUCGGUGGAUUCAAUGGUUCCCUGCGCGUGCGUACUGUCGAUGUCUACGAUCCUGCCACCGAUCAGUGGGCCAAUUGCAGCAAUAUGGAGGCCAGGCGAUCUACCCUGGGAGUAGCUGUCCUAAAUGGCUGCAUUUUCGCAGUGGGCGGAUUCGAUGGCACAACGGGUCUGUCGAGUGCCGAGAUGUAUGAUCCCAAGACUGACAUCUGGCGGUUUAUCGCCUCCAUGUCGACGCGUCGCAGUUCUGUGGGCGUGGGCGUGGUGCAUGGACUUCUCUAUGCCGUCGGCGGCUACGAUGGCUUCACCCGUCAGUGCUUGUCCUCCGUAGAGCGCUACAAUCCAGAUACGGACACCUGGGUCGCCGUGUCGGAGAUGAACUCGCGAAGGAGUGGCGCCGGUGUGGGAGUGCUGAACAAUAUCCUGUAUGCCGUGGGUGGACACGAUGGUCCCAUGGUCAGGAGAUCCGUGGAAGCCUACGAUUGUGAAACGAACUCUUGGCGUACGGUGGCUGAAAUGUCUUACUGUCGCCGAAAUGCUGGCGUGGUGGCUCACGACGGCCUGCUGUAUGUGGUCGGUGGCGAUGAUGGCACCUCGAACCUCGCCUCCGUGGAGGUCUACUGCCCGGACUCGGACAGCUGGAGGAUAUUGCCUGCCUUGAUGACCAUCGGACGCAGUUAUGCGGGCGUCUGUAUGAUCGAUAAGCCCAUGUGAAUGGAAGAGCAGGGUGCAUUGGCUCGCCAAGCUGCUUCGCUGGCCAUCGCACUGCUGGAUGAUGAGAAUAGCCAGGCGGAGGGGACAAUGGAGGGCGCCAUUGGUGGUGCCAUCUAUGGAAAUAUGGCGCCAGUUGGAGGAGCUGCAGCGGUUGCAGUUCCAGCUGCGCCGGCUCAAGCUCCCCAGCCGAAUCAUCCACACUACGAAAACAUCUAUGCGCCCAUUGGCCAGCCCAGCAACAACAACAACAACAGCGGUAGCAACAGCAAUCAAGUUGCAGCCAAUGCUAAUGCCAAUGCCCCUGCAAAUGCCGAGGAAAUUCAGCAGCAACAACCUUUAGCACCAACUGAAGCCAAUUCCAACAACAAUCCGCAGCCACCAACAGCUCCAGUGCCACUACAACCACCACAACAACCACAACAACAGCCAGCACAGCCACAACAGCAACAACCUCAACGCAUACUGCCCAUGAAUAACUAUAGGAAUGACUUAUAUGAUCGAUCUGCCGCGGGAGGAAUCCUUGGGUCCAGCAGUUCCGCCGCUUACGAUGUUCCGAGAGCCGUGAGAUCCGGCCUCGGAUACAGACGUAACUUUCGCAUAGAUAUGCAGAAUGGAAACCGCUGUGGAAACGGGAUUCGAUGCAGUCCACUGUAUUCGAACAGUCGCUCCAAUUGUCAGCGCCAACGCAGCUUCGAUGACACGGAGUCCACAGAUGGCUACAAUCUGCCUUAUGCCGGAGCGGGAACCAUGCGAUACGAGAAUAUCUAUGAGCAAAUCCGGGAUGAGCCGCUUUACAGGACAUCGGCUGCCAAUCGAGUGCCGCUCUAUACACGUCUCGAUGUUUUGGGCCAUGGAAUCGGAAGAAUUGAAAGACACCUCAGCUCGUCCUGCGGCAAUAUCGAUCACUACAAUCUGGGAGGACAUUAUGCCGUGCUAGGGCACUCACACUUCGGGACAGUCGGACACAUUCGAUUAAAUGCUAACGGAUCUGGAGGAGCUACAGCUGGCGGUGCAGGACCCGGCACCUGCAAUGUUCCCAAUUGUCAGGGUUAUGUGACAGGUGCUGGUUCCACUGUCCCCGUAGAGUACGCCAAUGUCAAGGUUCCUGUGAAAAACAGUGCCUCCAGUUUCUUCAGCUGCCUGCAUGGCGAAAAUUCGCAGAGCAUGACAAAUAUUUACAAAACGUCUGGAGCAGCAGCAGGUGCCAUGGCUGCCCAUAAUUCCCCAUUAACGCCAAAUGUCUCUAUGGAGCGAGCCGCGCGAUCUGCUUCCGCUGGAGCAGCAACAACUGUUGAAGAGCAUUCCCCGGCGGAUAAUAUUCCAAGUUCAUCGAAUGGCAUUACCAGUCGGACAACGGGAGCUAUUCCCAAGGUGAAAACUGCCAGCAAGGCGUCCAAGGAGUCGGGAGGAUCCUCCACAGCAGCAUCGCCAGUCUUAGAUAAAACUACAUCCACUGGAUCGGGAAAAAGUGUAACUUUGGCCAAGAAAACUUCUACGGCAGCACGUUCAAGUUCUUCCGGAGAUGCCAAUGGAAAUGGGACCUUAAACCGCAUCUCCAAGUCCAGUUUGCAAUGGUUGCUAGUCAACAAAUGGUUGCCGCUGUGGAUAGGCCAAGGACCCGAUUGCAAGGUGAUCGACUUCAAUUUCAUGUUUUCCCGUGACUGCGUUAGUUGCGACACCGCUUCGGUGGCGUCUCAGAUGUCGAAUCCGUACGGCACUCCCCGUUUGAGUGGUCUACCCCAGGAUAUGGUGCGUUUCCAGAGUUCCUGCGUGGGACCUUGUGCCACAGCCGGUGCAGCUUCUACCAUACGAAGGGACACUAAUGCGUCCGCUCGCCCAUUGCACAGCACUUUAAGUCGCCUGAGAAACGGAGCGGAGAAACGGAACCCCAAUAGAUUGGCUGGAAACUAUCAAUACGAGGAUCCCUCGUACGAGAAUGUACAUGUACAGUGGCAAAAUGGUUUUGAAUUUGGAAGAUCACGCGACUAUGAUCCGAAUUCCGCCUACCAUCAGCAGCGUCCCAUGCUGCAAAGGGCCAGAUCGGAAAGUCCUACGUUCAGCAAUCAGCAAAGGCGUCUUCAGCGACAAUCGGCCCAGGCUCAACAACAAUCGCAGCAGUCAAAGCCGCCGGGAUCGCCGGAUCCCUUCAAGAACUACAAGCUAAAUGCGGAUAACAACAGCUUCAGGCCAAAGCCAACGGCUGCCGAUGAGCUCGAGGGCGCUGUUGGUGGAGCAGUAGCUGAGAUAGCUGCUCCAGAAGUGGAUACCGAAACCGUAGAUCCUGUCAACUUGAGUGAUAAUGAGACUGAGACAUCAAGCAGUCAAAACAACCCUUCAGGCACUACCAACAGCAACGAUGUGAAUGAGCACAAUGAUUAGACAUUGAUCAGAUUAGUUCAGGCAGAGAAGCGUUUUAUAAAAUAUUUCUUUUCAAAAAAGUUAAACUUCUCGAGAAAAUAUUCUUUAAUACUUUGUAAGACUUUAUAUGGAAUGUAAGCUGGGUUUUAUAUUUUUUAGAGUCAAACGUGAUACCAGUUUAUCGUAUACAAGCUAGUUUUUACAUGAGUAUUCAAUUAUAAAUUCGCUAUGCACAUGUAAUUUUUCUUGGAAUUUACUCUUUAGAGGCUCUAAAAUUCUACUUGGAGAAGUUUGACUUUAUUGAACU